AUGAAAAAGAAAACCGGAUUGUUCGAAAGUAUUGGUGACUUAUGCUAUCUCAACGACUACGAUCAAUCCUUCUCGAACAUGUCUAAACCGCAAUUUGAAAAAAUCAAACGUCAUCUUUCGUCGUCUUCCAACUUAACUUUGAGUAAUCAUACAAUAUUGACAAGUACUCUGGGCAAGUUAUUAGUUCGAAAAUUAACUCACCGUUCGCCAACUGACGCGACAAAGAGUACAAGUGAUUUGUCGUCUGGUCAACACUAUGAGCAACGAAACUCAUCGACAAUGGACACAAAAAUGAUUCUGAAAGACAAUCUACAAUUUAUUGAACGGAUUGGUCAAGGAAAACUGGGUGUUGUUCUCAAAGCAUUCUAUCGAACGAAACAAAACGAAUUAUUAACCGUUGCUGUGAAAAAACUCGAUUUGAAAUUUCAUUACCACGACAUAUUGAAAGAUGUUAACGUUCUACAAGAAAUCAAACAUCCGUACAUUCUCCAGUUCUUCGGUAUUACCAUUCAUACAGAUCGUUCGAUACUGUUUAUAAUGGAAUAUGCACCGAUGAAAUCACUUGAUGAUUGUUUAAUUUCCCCGAAUGCCAAGAGAGAAUACACUGUGCAGAUUUUAUUUGAAUUUAUUAAACAAAUAGCAGCAGCAUUGAGCUACUUAGAGAAACGAUUUUUCAUUCAUCAGAAUUUAACUUGUCGAAAUUAUCUGGUCUUCAACAAGUCACUUGUGAAACUUUCAGAUUGGAGUUUUGGUCAUUUGAAUGCAUCAUGGAAAGAAAGAUUAAAAUUACCAAUAGCAUGGAUGAGUCCCGAAGCGAUACAUUCUCAUUGUUUUUCGAUUGCAUCCGAUGUUUACUCAUUCGGUGUUUCAAUGUGGGAAUGUUUCAGCUACGGACAAGUGCCAUGGCAAGGAAUGACCAAUGAUCAAAUUAGUGAAGUAAUUGAUGCAUCGAAUUAUCAGCAGUUGCCAAGGCCAUCGCAUGCGACAUCUGAACUGUAUCAAGUAAUGCUACAUUGUUGGAAAUAUGAACCGUGUGAACGUCCAACGUUUUCUGAAUUAGAAAUGACAUUAGCCGAAAUCGAAUUGGAACAAGUUCAAUGGAAAAACAAUCAUAACACAUCAAUAAGUCUACCUGAUAAUUUUCUUUCCAUCCAAUCAUGUCUACUAGAACCAUUGACAAUCCUUGAUCGAUGUUUUGUUAUGAUGUCCUUGCGUAUAGAUAUUGACAUACUUGAAAGAAAUAUCCUUGACAUUCCUAGCUCGUCAUCAUCAAUCAAGAACUUUAUUCAGUGUGUAACUGUCGACGGUCAGAUAGGUUUUGUUUAUAUUAGUGACGUUGAACCGUUACAUACACAAACGCCUUCUAAACAAACAACAAAUUCCAGUCCGGCAACAAUGAAUCAUAUAUUCUCUCGGAAAACAGGCAUAAAAAAGAAUUCGACAAAAACAAGAUGUAAACACCUAUCCAAAGAUAUGAUUAGUUCGCCUCAAGCUGAUUUUAUUCAUGCAUUUCAUCUUGGAGUUGAAGGUGAAGCCUUUGGUGAUAUAAGUUGUUUAAGUAAGAUCGAAGAUGCUAAUCCAGAUAUUCAGUUCGCUUCGAAGAAUUCCACGGAAACUUCAAUCGAACAACGAUCGACUCCCGACCAAUCUUCAUCGUUGUUUGACGAGGUCAUGCAAGCGUUCACAGAGAUUUAUUCGGAGCCAGAGACAACAUCGGUUCAUGAAGAUCAUCAACUGACAAGAUCAACAUCACCACAAUCGCUACCAGCGGAUCAUAUUGACCCAUCAUCGUCUUUCGAUAUCAAUCAAUUUCUAUCCGAUGACAUGACAGAUUCGAACAAUCGAUCAUCUCCUUCAUUUUCUCGUCUUCUAUCAAAAUUAACUGUAAAGAAACCAAAUGAAAAAACAUGUCGAUUCACACGUGAACUCGAAGAACGUUCACGAACUGGUAACUUGAGCGAGCAAGGUAAAAACGCUUAUAAUCUCUUAAUUAAUCGAUGCACCAGCAAUUCGUCUUCUCAAUCCUCAACACAUGAUGAUCAUUCAUCGUCGUCCGUAUCAUCAUCGCAUCACGAAAAAUUCGACUUUCAUUCACAUUAUUCAUCUCGAUCAAGUUUAAAUUCUCGAGCAUCGUCUCUCAAUAAAGCUGAACAACAUCCAGCUACUGGUCAACCGUUGCCACCACCUCCCGACUUAACAACUCUAGGAAGCAAAUUAACAACGGCCAACAUGACCAAUACAUUUAAGUUACCUGCUUCUCUUGUCACCAAUAAAUAUUCGACGAAAAAACGAUUCAAUUUAUUUACAUGA